UUUGCUGUGCGCCGGUGCUCCUGCAGAGCUUGUGCGUCACACGGUCAAGUCGUCAAUAUCACUGCGGUUGCUGCAUCACUUGUGAGCGACUGUGAACGAACUUCAGAAGUCGUCGACGUGUGAAGAGAGGCAUCACGAUGGGGAAAAUCUUGCAAACAGGGGCCUGCAUUAACCUCAUGAAGCUUUUGCUCAUGACAUUCAAUAUAAUAUUUGGCGUGACAGGCCUGGUGCUGCUCAUUCUCGGAGUAUGGAUGAACGUGUCACUGUACCAUGUGCUGAAGCUCUCGACCGACUACAACCGGCACAUGCCAUUGCUCUUCAUUGCCACUGGCCUGCUUGUGCUCCUGGUUGCUGUACUCGCCUGUGUGGCCACAGCCAAGGGCCAGUCGGUUCUACUGUACAUUUUUGGCUCUCUGCUGGUGCUGGUCUUUGUGGCAGAGCUCACAGCCGGCAUAGUGGGAUAUGUGUACAUCCGGCAGGUGCGUGAAGGCAUUGGCCGUGGCAUGAACGUCUCCAUAACCCACUACAAUGGAAACGGUGGCAUGGCCGACGAGACGGUGGAUUUCGUGCAGGACAAGUUGACAUGCUGUGGCCUGAAGGGUCCGGAAGACUGGAAUGACACUGAGUUCUUCCAGAAGACCAAACAUUACCCCAAGAGCUGCUGCUCUAGCCGUGACACCUGCACUCUAGAGGAUGCCACCCUGCACCAAGAGGGCUGCUAUGUGAAGGUCAUUCGUUUCCUGGACACAAAUCUGAGUGCCAUUGCUGGAGGCGCUGUCGGCUUUGCAUUCUUUCAGCUUGUUGGUGUGUUGCUGUCCUUCUGCCUGGCCUCAAAUAUCAACAAGGCAAAAUACGAGCGCGUCUAAGUGCCACAUCAGGUGGAGGCACGCUGGCUGGUGCAACAUCACAACAGCAGGUUUACGGUGUUUCUUGCACUGGCACGGUGUGGAGAGCAUUGUUCCACCAGGCGCAACUUCAUGUCUCCCGGCAGAAUCUUGAGAAACUGCUCUCGGCGGAUAAAGGGGCCCGUGCAGCUUUCAAGGCACACACCGAGCACCGGCCAGCUUCAUGGCCACACAACACACUUCAGUCACACUGUACGCUAUCACGCCCGAGGGCUCAUUCACCUGACUACCGAGAGAGGUCAACAUCAAUCGGUGCCUGAGUAGUGAUUUGUGGCAGCCUGCUGGUUGCCACGCCUAAUUGUCGCUCUAUAUGUGUGCCUCACCCUACUUGCAUUGCCAUUGGAAUGUAAACUUAAGUGUCAGUGCGUUCUGACAUCGUGCUCCACUGCCGAUUGGUUCGGUAGGUUUGCAUCUGCAGUCGCAUGACAGUAAACGUCAACCAGUGAGAAACUAAGUCAAAACAAUUGCUUUGGUCAUUUGCGACCAGCUUUAAUGUGACGCAACCUCUGCGAGUCGCCAGUGUGAAUGAGCCCCGACCCUGCCUGCUUUUGCAGCACUUAACUCUCUAUCUACUUUUGUGAAAUGGCGCCCCUCUUGGCAGCCUUGAAAUGGUUGCAUGAAAGAAGCAGCUGCCCGCAACUUGAGUGGCACGGCUUUGGAUUGGUGAAACGAGCACUGGCCAAGACAGUCAUUGUACUGCUGCCCUUCUCUUCCCUGAGCUCAUUACGCAGAUGGUUGUGGGAGUUAAAACAUGCGGGCAAUGAAAAUCGGAGCGUAAAUGCUUGCAGCCAGGUUCUGGUAAGUGUAAUUGUGAGCAUUAUGAGGGUAUGCCAAAUUCAUUACUUAACAACAUCAACAACAAAAAUACAGUUUACUUUCUUUGAGGUGUGUCUUGUCCCUAAACCGUAAUCAUUUGUAUUGUAUGCACUUUCUUCUUUAAAAAGUGGGUAAGGAUGUGAUGUCAUGCUAGUAAAUGCACGCGGCGUUCAUGAUUUCAGCUGCUAGUACCGAGCGCGCAUCUUUGAAGAAAGGAAAAGCAAGCAAUAUGGAUGAUUGUUAUUGAGUGGGGACAAGGCUAGUCCCAAGAGAGUGCAAACAUUUUUUGUCAAAGAGUGAUUACCCUGUGAUGCCGUGAACUUGAAUAUGACGUCUUAAUUUGCAACUAGUAGCUUUUGCGACUGAGCCACUCUCUUAUUACGUGCUUCAAGCUGGUAAUUCACGAAAGCCACUACAUCUUUUCGAAAUCAAUGUCGGUGUUACCUUUCGUAUCGCUUGAGGGUGGACAUUGUCCAUAGUAUCAAUGCAGACCAUGAGGCUACAUUUCUGGCUGCAUGCUCAAGCCACAAAGGUGUUCAAACUAUCUUACAAGUUUCUCAUUCCAAAGUGUUCUGCAAGCAAGUGAACAGCUUGUUCUCCAUCGAUGCGAGUGUAAGAGCCGCAGCUUGUGGCUCUCCCACUUUUCCUCACUGCAGUACUCAAGAGCUGCAACCACCUUUAAAGGGUGCUGGCAUCUGCUGCUUUCGUGUGGCCGUUUCCAAGCAGUCUUAAAAUCUCGAGCGUCGGUGUUCUUUUUACUUACAUACUGCUUACACCUUAAAGAGUUUUACUUUUUUUUUUAUACAAGUACAAUUUACCGAAUCUCGAGGAGUCCUAGGGGCACAUUAUACCGCUGCCUGGGAUUUCCUCUCGGAGCUACCCUCUUGGUCUCAAUUUGCUGCAUUCUGCUUGAACUGCAUUUAAGCGUGCUAGCACCGAGUGCUGCACACAAGUCACUUCAGCUGGUCAUAACCUUGUGCAAUCGGGGUGGGGGGGGGGGGUCACGCGAGUCUCGUGCCCGGCGGUCUCCUGCACCGCUUCACUGUGCCUGGGAGCUGUGCAGGAAUUGCGCUUAUUACAUUUUCCCGGUGUUUGUGCCUCAAUACUUAGUCUGUCUCUGUUUUAGCUUGAUAGUAUGGGAUUGCGAAUCUCUGUUUUAUUUUAUUUUUCUCAGUGUAUCAAUGCCCGUUUUAGUACGCUGUUUUUUUUUUCUCCGUACACAUUAAGCACUUCAGCCCUUGGCACUGUGAUUUUCACUAAAGGCAAAAAAAAUAAGCUUGUGUGAUGUAGACGCAACGGUCGUUUAUACAAAGGUACUGUAAAACCCUGCAUAUCGUACAAUCUUGAAACGUCAAUGCGAGAGACAAUACGAGGGUAGUAAAGACAGAAAAAAAGAUCGUCCUGUCUGCUUGAGGUGCCGAAAGCGCUUGCCUCAUGGAAAUGUUUGUGUCAUGCUUAUUGCUCUUUUCCUCGACAAUUCUGGUGUCCUCCAAGAACGGUUUCUGGGCGGCUUUCAUUUGAAGAGAUUGCUUUCGUUCACUGCUUAGGACAUUGUAAAAGGGUUAACAAUUGUUUUUAUGUACAGGAGAGUUUACAAGUAACCAUUACAAGAGGGAAAAAGAUUAUGUGCAGGUUUUUAUGGUGGUUGAUCAUGCCUUAAUUGGUCGGAGAAAAAAAAAACAGGAUGGCUGCGGCUUCUACUUUUCAAAAGAAGCGGGGUCAUCGGCAAAAGGCUGUCACCAGUUAUCGCUUUGUACAUGUUCUAGACAUCUUUUUUGAUUCCAGCUUGGUAAAUGUGUGUGUGUCUUGCCUCUCUUAAAAUAAAAUGCUGUAACAGCA